AUGGUCUCUAUCAUGUCAGUGUAGUCAGGUACAUGUCUAACUUGUGGGUAGAUGAUGGUCAACAGGACUCCUGGUAUGGGCAAGGCCAAAGUGCACCACAAGCACAGAUGAAUUGGGGGCAAUUCGAUUACUCGCAGGCACAGCAGCAACCUCCCACACAGCAGUACGGAAACGAUCAAAACUACUAUAACCAGCAAUCAGCUUACACACAGAAUCAAAAUUACUAUGGAGGUCAGAUGUUUGUGCCAAAUGCCGGAUUUGGUGGUCCAGCUGCUGGCGAUGCUGAGGACUACGAGAAUGAGCCACCUUUGCUUGAAGAAUUGGGCAUAAACUUCUCGCAUAUCAAGGAGAAAACAUUUGCUGUACUCAAUCCUGCUGGUACUGCUUCAGCUGAAGUUAUAGCGGAUCAGGAUCUUGCAGGACCUCUUGUAUUCUGUUUGCUUUUUGGUUUUGCUCUACUGCUGCAUGGUAAAAUGACAUUUGGCUACAUUUAUGGCAUCGGAGGACUUGGUUGUGUUGGCAUGUACGCACUCAUGAACUUAAUGGCCGCCGACAAAAGCAUCUCGUUUGUUUGUACCGCAUCUGUGCUAGGCUACUGUUUGCUCCCAAUGGCUCUGCUCAGCUUGAUUACGGCUGUUCUCUCGUUCAAGGGCAUUUUCGGUUACUCGGUGUCAGCACUUGCUGUCCUCUGGUGCAGUUCAUCUUCAUCGAAGCUCUUCGUCAUAGCUCUAAACAUGAACCACCAGCGUUUGUUGGUGGCAUAUCCUUGUGUUUUGUUAUACUCCGUUUUUGCUUUACUUGCAAUUUUCUAGAACGCGUCUGUAGUUUUUAGCCAUUUUUUACUUCACUAAGACUAUGUAUACAUUUAGAAAUGUAUUCAUUUUUUUGCAUGAUGUAAUACGGUUUAACUGGCAUAAAAGCCACUUUCGCAUGUUUCUGACCUACCAAUGAUUAUGUGAUUUAUGAGUUCCUCUGUGUUUUUAUCUGUAAAAUUUCAGAUGAUUUUUUUCAGAAUCAUUAUUCCUGUUUGGGUCUACUUGUUGCCUCCGAUUUAUAUGGUUGAUUUUCAUGAUUAUAUACAAAGCCUAUUCAAAUUAUUAACUUAGUUUAACUUAUUUGCAAUAAAAUUCUACUGGGC